UCGCUUCUACUCUCACACAUCGCCGACAUGUGAUCGCCUGAGCAUUAUUCGUCCAAAUGGUGAAACUAAAAUAAGGACAUAGUUAUGGGUUGGUGCCGCUAUCGCCUCCUUGUAUUGGGGCUACUAUUAUUAAUUGUUCAUAUGAAUUGUGACAGUUGCGGGACUAAAUUUGACGACGUUCAGUCCAGUGCGAUAUUUGCAGAUGUCAUCUUUGAAGGCACACUGUCAGGUAAAAAACAGCCGGUUGACUCGAGUAAUAGGUAUAAUAUAACAGUUAAAGUACACAAAAUUCACAAAGGUAAAACAUUUUUAAUGACAGCGGAGUCUAAGAAGAGAAGGAGAUAUGUGGAACUCGGUGUAUUCGGACCAGAAGACAAAUAUCUGUGUAUCACGGAAAUUGAAGAAAAAGUUAAAUACCUUUUCUUUACACGGAAUACUAGCAGUGAAAGAUAUUUUGAAGUGAGCGCGUUGCCUAUUAAACAAAGUAAAAAAUCGAGUCGUGCUGUUCGGAAAAUAUUGUGUAAAAGAUGUGCCAAACAACCCAAAAUAAAAACAAUAAAAGACCAAAAAAAGAAAGAAGGAGGCAAGGUUAAAUUUAGAUGUUCUGUAAAGGCGAAACCACGAGUUAUCAAGUAUACAUGGUAUAAAGACGGUGUAGAACUUAAAAGGCGGAAAGGUCUCACUAUGAAAUCGGGAAAGAAGUCUUCUAGUUUACAAAUAAGAAAUUUAAAAAAAAGUGAUGCUGGUCAGUAUAAGUGUAUUGCUAGCAAUGCAGUUGGAGAAGAUGAAAAAUUUGUUCGUCUUGAAGUUAAACCAAAGCAGAUGGAACAUUUAUUGUGUGAUAUUCAGACAUAUUGUCUCAAUGGUGGUACCUGUCGAUACAUACCAACUCUUAAUAACACCACAUUUUGCGAGUGCCCUGUUGAGUGGGGAGGUAGCCGAUGCGAACGAUGGGACAACUACAAGCUAACCCGAGAAAGCAACCGACAAGCCAAGAUUUUACAUGAUCGUACUCUCAUCAUCGUUGGCAUUGGCAUAUCCAUAUUGUUUUUUGUUAUCAUCUGUAUAAUUUCCUACUUCUUGUCCAAACGUCAGCGUAAGAAGUGGGAAAAAAGACAGCGCUUGAGAUCAUCAAAGAAGAACAUUCCAGAUUCAUCUGUACCAUUACUGGAUGAUGUGGAUAGUAAUUUACCCCGUCAACCACCUAGAGCCUUUCCCCCAAACAUGCGACCAACAAUUCACAAGAACACACAAACUGGGAAUUCCUUGGCACAGAUUUACCCCUGUAUAGAAACGCACAAUGAAACCAGUUUGAUUGAGACCCCAGUAACCAACUCAAUUGAAAAAGUUCAAGCAAUCCCACUCAAUAAUAUUCCACCUUCCAACCGCAGCAGAGCAGCUCGUGGUUCUCGUUCACGUCUUAAAGCUGUGUCUCUGGAUGAAGCUCCAGAAAAUGAAGCAAAAAGGUCAUCUAAAAAUCAGCCCACGAGAUCUCGAUCUGAACCAGAUUCCACAUGGAGUAAGGGUCUUGAGUUUUCUGGGAGCACACCCACUGACAGGGAAGCAAAUAUAACUAUGCAAAAUCCACCACUUUUCUCUGUUCCCAAAGAAGCUGACAUGUCCUUGGAUGAGAUUGAUUAUCCAAUGGAGCUAGCAGAAGAGGAUGCUGAUACUAAUUAUGCUGAUCAAACACCAGGUGUCAUUGAUGUUCACGUCAUGAAUGACUUUCCCGAUGAAGUGCCGAGUCCCAUUACUGACCGAAAUCCUCUUCUACAAAGUGAUUCUGACAGUGAUACUGAGGAUGAUCAGAGUCCGUUACCUGUUUUAUACAUCAGUGAGGAAGACGUACGAACAUCAUUAGAUGACUUGCAAAACUUAGAAGCUGACUCAGAUAAUGUGAAUGAUACUCUCAGUGACCAGGAAUUCCUGUAUACAAGUGAUAGUAAUCGUUUUAUGAAUGGAACAGACAGUGAUGUUGGUUCUCGUGCUAGUAAUAGUAGUGAAAGUGCAACAUCCUCUAGUGCUGCAUCUGUUCGUUCACCCAGCUAUAUAAUGUAUAACUCUUAUCAAGAUCCCAAUGUUGCUACAAGAUCUUGGGAUGAGCAAGGGAUGCCAGUAGCAGACCACUUUGCUUACAACUCAAUACCAGGUUCUGAUUCAAAUGUAAUCGAGGAUCAGUUUAUGCACAAGCCUCCUGUUAGUCCUUCAAAGACCGAUAAUAAAUAUAAUGUAUAUAAAAAACUUAAAGACAUUCGUGAUGAUCAAGAUGCCAUACCUAUAUAAAUAUUCAUUUCACAUCUUUCAAAUGUUGAUUAUAUAAUAAAUAAACAUCAGAUGUUAUAUUGAUAACAUUGUGGUGCUGUAUCAGUGAAAUCCAUCACCUGUGUAGUGUGUUAUUAUAUGUACAUGUAUUGAUAACAGCAGUUAUAAUUCUAGAAUAGAAUUAGUAUGGUGUCAAAUUGUGCGUUUAGGCUUAUACUGCCAUGUCAUUUGUUUGUAAUAUUAGUUAUAUAUUGUUUGUAUUAUUGUAAUGCUUGUAAUAAAAGACAAACAUGUAUACAGAUAUAUGCAUAAUAAUAAUGUCAUAAUUCCUUCUUUAAAGUAGAUAGCAUGUUUAAUAACUGAUUUGAUUCAUUAUGUUUCAGUCUUUAUCUAUAUAUAACAAUUUAUGCAAGUCAUUACUUCAUAUUUUAUUGAUAUAUUCCAUUCGAAUCAAGAUAUUGAAUUUGUGAUUAGAAUUCCAAAUAUUAGUCAUUUAUAUCUGGCUAUAUUUGUUACAGGCAUGUAUAGCUAGUUAUGAAGCAGCUGACUUGGUAAAUAUUUUGCAUAAAACAAAAUUACAUAAUUUUAACUUCUUAAAUAAUGAUAAAGUAUGACAUUAAUAGUAUAUGAAGAAGGACCACACUAUACGUAAAGCAAAACGAACAAGAUAAACUAAAAAGACAUUGCAAGAAAUAAACAACAUAAAUCAAGUGAAUAGAUCCAGGGUCAGCUGUAAUCGUCCACUGCACUGUACAGUCCUGGGCCUGUAAUGAUACAGACUUCACUCAAAAUGAAAAAAAAAAGAAACGAUUUACAAGAAAGACGA